ACUUCAAAUUUGAAAUGUUUAUUAGGAUUUACUAUUUAGGUUAAUGAUGUUAAAUAAUUAGUAAUCAUUGAUUUAGUAACGAUGUAAUGUAGCUGGAAAUACUACAACAGUUGUAAUAUUGUGAUUAUUUGACUUUAGUAAUACUUGUAGAUUUAUCUUUUCCAUAAUACAUUAUAAUGAGUCAGCCGGCUCAAGAGCCGGGACCUGAUAUUUUUCACCAAUUUCCAUCCAAUAGAAUCAUAAUAAUUCACCCAGGAUCUCAGUAUGUACGAAUAGGUCGAGCCUCUGAUCUUAAUCCAGUGAAGCAACUCCACUGCAUAGCAAGGAAACGUCGCCCUGGAGGGAAGAUCUAUCGUGAUCCAUUCGUACCUCCAAGUGUACCUAAAACUAAAGAAUUAAUUGAAGAAUUAGAAGAAUGUCGAUUACAAAUAUCACACACACUUCAGUCUUGCAUGCAGUCAAACGGCGCCCGGAGGUAUGCAACACCUCCACAACAAAUUGCAGCUUUUAAUCGUAGAUCAUUGCCUGAACCUGAAAGUGAUGGAGAACCAUGGCCCCAAGUGGAAUGCGACAUUAUCGUUGGUGAUCUGGUUCUCGAUGUUGACCCUGAACUUCCUUAUAAUUUACACUUUCCAUUCAAGAGAGGUGAUUUCAACAUCCACUCAGAGGUGGGUGGUUCUAUUUCCUCGGUUUUAAAUGAUUUAUACACUAUCUGGAGUUCAAUCAUAGAAUAUAAGUUAAGUAUACCUCUUAUUGAGUUAGUGAAGUACAGGUGUGUAUUACUCAUUCCAGACAUAUAUAACAGAAGUCAUUUAAAGUAUUUGAUGUCACUACUUUUACGAGAUUUGGGUUUUGGUGAUUGUUUUCUCCUCCAGGAGAGUGUUGGAGCAACAUUUGGUGCAGGUAUUGGUUCAGCCUGUGUGGUAGAUAUUGGAGAUCAGAAAACAGCAAUAUCUUGUGUUGAAGAUGGUAUUUCACAUAAAACCACAAGACUUCGAAUGGACUAUGGUGCUGGAGAUAUAUGCCAGGCAUUAUCCUGGAUGUUUCAUAAAAGUGCUUUCCCAUAUAAGAAUUGGAAUGAAAAUGUACCAAGAGAUGUCAUUUUAAUGAGAAAUCUAUAUGAAGAAUUUUGUCAUGUUAACCUUGAUGUUUGUGGACCCCAGGAGAAGUCAUUCUUGGUAGAUCAUCCAGGGGAUGUUGUUAACAAGUACACAUUGCAGGUUGGUGAUGAGUGCAUCAUAUCACCGCUGGCUCUUUUUAAUACUGAUCUAUUUAAAAUAACUGGACCUAAGACAACAAAAAUACAAAAUAGACAGACAAGUGAUCCAGAGGAUCCAUUUGAUGCCGAUUUUCUCAGAGAAACAGGCAGAAAGAAAGAAGUAGCAGAUACUUCAGCAUAUGAAAGCCAACAUCUUGAAACAGCAGAAGUGCAGCCACCUGCUAAUCCUGAUGAAGAUAUUGUUGUUGACACAUUGGAAGGAGGCCCCGGUGAUAUUUCACUGGCCCCUGGACAAGUACUGAGUUUAGAUGCUUCAAUAUUGCAAAGUAUUGACCGUUGUCAAAGUGAAGAAUUGAAACGUAAAAUGUACAGUAGCAUAUUAAUAGUUGGAGGUGGUGUUAAAAUUCAUGGAUUGAAUAUCUGGUUGCAGAAUCGACUUGCACUACAAAUACCCUAUUCUUAUAAAACUGAGCAGUUGGAAAUAGUUACAUCACCUAAGGACAUAGAUCCGGCAAGCACUGUGUGGAAAGGGGCUGCAGUAAUGUCAUGUUUAGAAUCUGCUGUUGAACUGUGGAUUAAUCAAAAUGAAUGGAAUAAAUUUGGUUUAAAGAUUUUACGGGAACGAGCACCAUUUAUAUGGUGAUAUCCAUAGUGUAAUAAUAUACUCGGCCUGGUAUUCUCAAUGUUCUCAAACUAUUUUUGAGUGAAAUAACACUAUAUACUUGCUAUAGAUGUGAGCAACAUCACAUUAGCAAUAAAAUGGCGAGUUGUCAGUUUAACAUAUUAUAUCAUAAUGAAGUCUUGGGCCAUCAUGGGAAGAGAAUACCAGGUGGAUUAUAUUAUUAUACCUUGGUAGCUGAAAAAUUUGCAAAUACGAUUUAUCACAGUUGUUCAGAGAAAAUUUUUUUUGUAUAUGUUGAUACUUCAAAUUGAUUACUGGUAACAAAUCAACUGGCAGAAUUGAUAUGUAUGACAACAUCAAUGUGUUUCUAAGUAUGUUUAUUCAGCAAUGUCCUUUAUAGUUUCAAUGUGUAACCAACAUCAUAAUUUUGCACAUUGAGAAAAUGGUGCAGUUUAUAGUUGAUGUGGAUGGAAGUGAAAGGGAAACCUAGGUGUAUGUGGUACUAAAAAGGUUGGUGCAAAAGAGAUAGAGUCAGGAAUGUGGAAAAUAUACUUAAUGUGGUUACCCAGAGGGGUAACCACAAUCAGAGGAUUGACAGACAGGUUGUUAUGUAUGUGUAAUAGUUAAAUUUGUAAAUAGAAUGUAGUUAAUUUUGGUGUACAUAAUAAGACGGUUUAAUAUGUAAGAAUAUGAUGAACAUAAACUAUACAUAUUAAGUGAUUCAGUGCACAUCACUUGGUUUUCUACUAAAGUCAGUUGUAAUUAUAUAGUAUUUAAUAAAAAUACAAAUGUAUAAAAUAUAGAUUUAUUUAAGAA